AUGGUCAACCCGCCUCCUCCGCCUGCGGACAAUGAUAGCGCUGUCGGUCUCAAGGAGGCAGGGAACAAAGCCUUCGCGACUGGCAAUUUGCAGCAAGCAUACGAGCUGUACUCUGCUGCCUUGGAGCGAUGCCGUGGUGAGUCUUCACCGGAAGGGAUCAACCUGAGAGCAACCGUCCUGACCAAUCGGGCGAUGGUCCUGUUCAAGCAAGGGAAGGCUGAAGCCUGCGUGUCGGACUGCACCCGGGCGUUGGAAGAUGAUCCCGGUCGAGUGAAGGCGUACUUCAGGAGGGCUCUUGCCCGGGAGAAGCUGGGAGAGGACGGCGACGCGAUGAGAGACGCCAAGAGAGCGCUAGAGCUGGAGCCAGGCAAUAAGGAAGCCGUGCGGGCGGCGAGGAGGAUUAAGGACAAGGUCGCACAAGCCUCAAGGCUGAACACGCCUAUCCGACAGGCCCUUAAGGCCUUGCGCGAGGCGGCAGACAAGGUAAAGCAGCCCGAGGGAAAGUCGCAACCGCCACAGCCUCUGGCGUUGGCGACAGCGGCGCCGGCAUCAGAGGCUUCCACACCGGAGCAGGCGGCACCUUCGAAGGUGGAUGAGGAGCAAAGCCAAGCGAUGCUGGCGCUGGGAGCUCUGCUGUCCAGCGAACCGGCCGCUGCUGUCCAGCUGCUGAAGGACGGCGGCAUGGUGCAGCUGACGGCGUGCAUGAAGGCCGGUGGCGAAGGGUUUCCCAAGACCGCGAAGGAGGCGCUCAGGGCGCUCGGGGCCGCGGCCCAGCACAAGGCCUUCGGGCUGGUGCUGUUGAAGACGCAAGGGACGGAGGUGCUGUCGGACCUUGGAGACAUCUUGGCGACAGAAGCGGAACGGAGUGCGAGCAUGGCGGGCGCAGCAGUGGGGGAGGGGGAGGGGUCCGGGUUGUCGGCGGGGGCGCUCACGGCCGCCGUGCACCUGCUGCAGUGGGACCAGCGAGUGGUGACGGAUGAUCUGGCUGAGCUGAAGGAUGUGGACCGCGGCUCUGUGUAUGAAGCAGGGCAGGAGCUUGCUAGUGCUGCGGUUAGGGUGUUGGCACACGGCCUUACGAUGCCGGAUCGCGAGGUGUUCGACACGGCUUUGGAAGCCGCUGUGAGAUGGUGUGCGGCGGGACCAGACGACGCGCAAGACCCUAAGGACUUCGCGGGCUUGCCAGCCAAAGAGGCUUACGAGAAGCGCCAGAAGGUGCACCGACAAAGGGUCCGGGCUAGCCUUUGGCUCCGGGACAAGGCUUUGGCGCUGCUGUCGUCGUCUCCCGUCCUCGUCAGCCUGUACAAGGCGUUGAGCAGCGAGGAGGCCGUGGAGAGGAGGAAGGCGUCGGCGUGCAUCAGUCGCAUCGGGAGGGCCGUGACAGCCGUGCAGGCCAACGAGAAGGAGAGGGAGGCCGACUCCAACGCCAUCAAGGAGGCGGUCAAGCCGUUGCUGCACUUCCAGCCCGAGGCGGGGGGUGGCAGCGUCGCGGACGACUCCAAAGCGGCCUCGGGCGAUGAAGUCGCGCAGGAGGCGGCGGCGGAGUGUUUCUGCUCCGCGGCGUCGUUCGACGGGGGACGAGCCCUCCUCGGCCCCGUGGUGGAGAGCGGCAUCAUCUUCGCGCUCAUGGAGAGCAAGAGCCAGGCGGCCCGAUCAGCUGCUGCUAGCGCGUACGCCAAGCUCGGGAUGAUCUCGAGCGCCCUGUCGAGCGACUCGGACGACGUCACCAAGCUGCUCAACGUCUCCCUCGACCUCAUCACCGCCUCCAACUCGCCGCCGCCGACUCACAGCAACAGCAACGCGCCGUCCUUCUCCUCCUCCUCCUCCGCUGCAAAACAAAAGCAACAGAAAGACGCGGCGCCAGGCUCCAAACUUGGGGGACCAAAGUCUAAGCGGGCUGGCCUCGGGGGCAUGGACGGGUUGAAGGGGGGCGCGGCUAUCGCGGACAGUGAGCGCGCGGUGGAGGUGCUGAGUUUCCUCGUCUCCAAGACUAAGGUGAAGGAGGAGCUCUGCUACGGGUCCGCGAGGUGCCCCAAGGCGCUGUCCCGGCUGUGCAGGGCCGCCGAAAACGUCAGCGGGACGAGCCCGAUCGCCUACGGACUCGCCUUCCUUUUUUCCUCGCUGUGCGUGAGCAAGGAAGAAGAGGUGAAGGAGUCGUUCAAGGGGAAGGACAUGACCUACGAGCAGUACCAGCAGCUCAAGCAGCUCAACGACUCGCACGGCCAGGGCCCGAAGGAGGACGAGACCGACAUGAAGGACACAGCCGACGCCGCCAAGCGAAGGUCCCACGCUCUCGCGGAAGCGGGGUGCGUGGUCUCCCUCAAGAAGAUCGCCGAGGACGCCAGCCCGGCCACGAGGGAGCGCAUCGCCCUCUGCUUCCGCAGGCUGGCCACCGACUCCUCGAACCGAGGGCUGAUCGUGCAGCAGGGAGGGCUGAGCCUGCUGAUCAACAUGGCGUCGGUGCCGAAGGCGGCGGGCAAGGGCGAAGACGCCAAGAAGGAGCAGCAGCAGGAGGAGGAGAAGGGCAAGGGAUGCCGCAUCGAGGCGAGGCAUGCCAUCGCCAAGACGUUGGUCACCACGAAUCCUAGCCUUCUCACCGAGGCACAGAAUAUGGGGUCGGUGCCUGCCCUCAUCACCAUGUGCAGGGACCACGAGUCUCUCAACCUGCAGCAGUUUGAAGGCCUGAUGGCGCUGACAAACCUGGCCAGCUUGGACAACGUCAAGAAUCGCAUCGUGGCAGAGAAAGGGAUCUCGUGCUUCCAGUACCUACAGUUCUCCGACCACGAGCUGGUUCGGCGAGCCGCAACAGAGGCGUUGUGUAACCUCCUGCCGCACCCCAAGAUGAUCGACCACCUCAGACUCGUCGACACGCUCAAGCUCUGGGCGGCGUUCGCUCAGCUGGGCGAGGAGGAUCCCCCCACCGCUGCGGCAGCGCUCGGGUGCUUGGCCAUGGCUGUGAGGGAUCCUGAGGUGGCGAAGAACUUCAUGGCGGAAGAGGUGGCCGGCUGCGAAGCUCUGGUGUGCGGGCUCCUGUCAGUGGAGCCUGACAUACCGAACGCCAACGACCUCAUCCUCAGGGCCGCUGUCGCGACGUCCUACCUCGCCGAGGAAGCCAGCAUUAGGCCGCUGCUUCUGCUCGGAGGGGUAGCCGAUGCCCUGAGCGAGGCCCUGCUAGUGGUUCGAGGUAAGCAAGGCAUGGCAUCCGCGAGGGCUGCGGAGGCGUGUGAUGACGCGCUCAAGGCACUCCAGCAGGAGCUUCAGGCGGUGCAGGAGAUGCAGCAACAUCAACAGCAGCAGCAGCAAAAGGAGAACCAAGCGCCCUCCUCCGGACAGGGAUCGGACCUCUCCGAGCUGGAUUGACAAUAAGCGGAAAGCGGGAUGUUUUUUGGCAAAUGUUGUCGGUCGUUUCUCCUUUGUGUCUUGAGAUGAUGCGGGUCUUUUUUCGUGAGCGCCGAGUGGACAACAGCGAUGCCCUCGUUUGUGCUUGUUUUAAUUUGUCGACCCCCUCCUCUCUUUCCCCUGUUGCAAACUCGGUCAAGCGACGUGUGUCCGCCUACAACCCAACACCCGAUACCAGAAGUUGUUGUAAUAUCUGGUGGUAGAAUGUUUUGACGGCUGUUGCUCGGCAUCGGCCUCGAUGGGUUUGAUGCUUCCAGCGCGGGCGUGCCACGAACUGCCGUGGAAGAUGUCGGCGGUUUUGUGUGAAAGUGAGCCUGGAUCCCGAUGACGAGAUAGGCCUUCUUGUCGAGAACACAGCGUGUUCCUCGGCUUUUCCACUUUCGUAGGAAGGCGGUUGUUGCGAUCGUGCAGUUUAGCGUCCGAAUUAAGUAGUUACUUCAGAAGCGGU